AAUCGGGGUUUGUUUUGGUGUUUGUGCGUUUAGACAGACAGGUAGACAAACAGGUAGACAGACGGACGCGCGGCCAGACAGGUGAAGAAAACUCGUCUCUGUCAAAUCUGACCCGGGUCUCGGUCUGAACGGUGAAACACCGCGGGAGAAGAGUCUUCGCCGCACAGCCUGCUGGGUAAUAUGUAAACGACGGAGCUGCGUUGAUUGGUGCUCCGCGGCGCGUGCAGGAAGGAGACAGCAGAGACAAAAUAAAGACAAAAUAAAGACAAACAGGUGAUCUACUGAAGGAGGACGGACACACAGGACGAGACGGAAGCUGCUGAAGACAUGUCUGUCUCUCUGUCAGAAGAGAGAGACAGGAUCCAGCGACAGGUUGAAGAGCUAGAACAGAGUCUGUCUUUACCACACACUGAACUGGAGCUGCUGAGCAGUGAGACAGAUGAUGAAUCAGGAAGUGAUGACACGGAGGACGAGGAGAGACAGUCUGCUGCAGGUCUCUUGGCUCAGAGAGAGAAGAUCCAGAAAGAGAUCCAGAACCUGGAGAACGUCCUUGGACCACACAGUCCAGUCUGUGUGUCAGAUGAUGGCGGCAGCGGCAGCAGCAGCAGCGACGAGAGCGAGCUGGGUCUUUCCCUGUCCGUGGACUCCUGUCUUCAGAUGAACCUGGUCUACCAGCAGGUGGUUGAGGAGACUCUGGUCCAGCUGGAGACGCUACUGAAACACAACACCAGACAGCAGAAGGAGUUGGUGUCUCGGCUGUCUGGACCAAUCAAAGAGCCUCCCAGAGAGCAGACCGCCCCCUCCUCCUACCAGCAGCCAAUCAACAUGUACCUGGGUCGCUUCCUCAAACCAUACUUCAAGGACAAACUGACAGGACUGGGUCCUCCAGCCAAUCAGGAGACGAAGGAGAAGACCAGCAGGAUGACAGGAUGUCUGGACGACAAGAAACUGAAAAUGAAACGCUGGGAGAGCUGGCAGAAAACUCUGCUGAUCCACUCGGUGGCCAGAGACAGUCUGAGGAGACUGACCCAACCCAAACUCUCCAAGGUGGACUACCUGAGUCAGAAGCUGUCGUCCGCACAGGAGACAGACAGACAGCAGCUCAGAGAGCAGAUAGACAGUUUGGAGAGAGAAAUCGACCUGCUCAGAGGGAAGAAGGAGGAGGAGCUGAUUGGCGAUCGAUUCGAAGAACAUGAUUGGCAGAAAAUCUCCAAUAUUGAUUUUGAAGGGACGAAGGAUGCGGAGGACAUUCGUUGUUUCUGGCAGAACUUCCUCCACCCGUCCAUCAGUAAGACUCGGUGGAGUCAGGAGGAGGUGCAGCAACUGAAGGAGGUCAGCAGCAGACACGGAGAGAGACACUGGGAGACCAUCGCACAGGAGCUGGGGACGGGGAGGACAGCUUUCAUGUGUCUUCAGACGUUCCAGCGCUUUGUCUCGGACUCGUUGAGACAUAGCAGUUGGACUCCGGCUGAAGACGCUCUGCUCAGAGAGCUGGUGGAGAAGAUGAGGAUCGGAAACUUCAUCCCCUACACGCAGAUGAGUUACUUCAUGGAGGGUCGCGACCCUGCUCAGCUGAUCUACAGGUGGAACCAGGUUUUGGACCCGAGCCUGAAGAAAGGCACGUGGACCAAGCAGGAGGACCAGCUCUUGCUGCAAGCUGUGUCUCGUUAUGGGGAGAAGAAUUGGUGGAAGAUCAGGUUGGAGGUUCCUGGACGCACUGACAGCGCCUGCAGAGACAGGUACCAUGACUGUCUGAAGGCGGGAACCAAGAGAGGAGCGUUUGACAAACAGGAGAGAGAUCUGCUGCUGCAGCUGGUGGAGAAACAUGGCGUUGGUCGCUGGGCGAAGAUCGCCGCUGAGAUCCCUCACCGUUACGAUGCUCAGUGUCUGAGAGAGUGGAGGAAACUGAGCAGACUAAGACUGCCUCUUACUCAGAAAGAUCACAAAGCUAAAAAAACAAAAAAGAAUCAAGGAGGAGAAAAGAAGAAGAAGAAGGUCUCCCCUGCCAAGAAGAACAUCAGGAGGAAACGGAUGAAACUAAAGGAGGAGGAGGAGAGCAGUGAGGAAGAGCAGGAGGAGACGGCGGUGGAGUACAUGGACAGUGAUGAGGAGAAGAAGCAGAAAAAGAAGGAGGUAGUGGAAGCGGAGAGAACUGAGGAGGUAGAGGAGAAGGAGGAGGAGUACACCUUCCCUCCCAUGCAGGAGUGGAUUCCAGAAGAAAAAGCAAAACGUUUCAGCUUCCUGAACUUUCGUCCGGUGGCUUUACCUUCUUCUGGUGAUGGCCACAGUGGGGAGCUGGUCAGGUCAACCAUCGUGGGCAAGUUUGGACGCUCCGUGAUCAUUGGACCACAUCCCAGAGAGCUGCAGUGGGAGGAGCGCCACAGCAGCAGCACCAUGAUGAUGGUGUCACCUGACCAGCUCCGAGCCCACCUGUACCGCCAGGCACACAAGUAUAACAACCAGAGCUCCUGCCCCCAAGGGAAACUCCAGACCAGCAAACAGAACCACCUGGGCCGAGUAACAGACAUGGGGCUGAGCUAUGAGCUGCAGGCUGCGGUGACACCCUGGAUCGGCAACCUGCUGAUACCGGCAAAAACCAGACUGACGGCAGCAGACGUUCUGAGGGAGCGAGGAGAGAAAACCAAGCUCUCCUCAACUCCCGUGUUCCUGCUCCUCCUGCAGACCAUGAACGUGGACACAAUGGGAUGCAAGGAGAUGAUAGAGCAGAGAAGGAACAGGGUGGUGUUACCGACUCCACCCCCAUAUACUUCCUCUCUCCGGACGAAGAAUCCGCAGACCGUCGCAGGAAUCCUACAGCAGAGGAAGGUCAUGAAAGAGGAGCUGCAGGAUUUAGACCUUCAACACAAACUGAUCCUGAAGCAGCUUCAGGUUCUGCAGCAACAACAGAAACAGAAACAGCGACAACUGCACUUCAGAAAGCAAGUACGACCACAGCAACUCAUAUUUCUGCAGCAACCACAGACUCUUCCUCCUCGUCUCCCCCCAUCGAUGCCUCCUCAGAGUCACCCUGGCGUUCUUCAGAUGCCUCCUAACAUGCAUCCUCAGAUGUCUCCUAUGUCAUUCCCUCAGGCUGUCUUGAUUCCUGGCCCUAUCCUCCAACCUCAAAAAACCCAUUCUGCUUCCAUCCAGCACAUACCUCCCUCUACCCUGAACGCAUCCCCUGUAUCUCCACGCAGUACUCAUGCACCUCCUACUCCUCAUAGACUGAAUGUGCCUCCUGCCUCUAUGGUCCCGAUGAUCCAGAAUGUCACAACUGCCAGCACCCCUUCAAUCUGCCAACAGGCUGUACCUUUGACUCAAAACCUCAAAGUAGCCCAGGCCUCUUCCCCUAACCAGGCUGUUUCAGUUGGUUCCACACUGGUCAAUCAGCACGCCGUUCCCUCCACCUUCAGUAACCCUGCCACUUGCCCCAGCCAGCCUUGCCCUUCCCCCAGUCCUCCUUGCUCCACCAUGAACCUAGGGAGGGGGCAGAAGGAGGCAAACAAUCAAGAGGCUGUUUGCAGCAGUCAGAAGGAGGUGGAUUUUGGUGGGGAAGGUAAUGGUGUAGACGGGGCAUGUACAGGUGUUGAAGGGGCAGGUGAGAGUGUGAUCAAGGAAGUACGGAGGAUUCGGGAGCCAAGUCAGACAAUAAGAGCUCUGCAGGGAGCCACCAAAGCCAAGGCUGAAGCCAAGAAGAAAGCUGCUUCAUCUCCACGAAAGAAAGCUCAGACCCAAAACACAAACUCUCCUGCUCAGACUUGCGUCCUCCUUCCUCCUCAGCAGCUCUGCACUGCAUCCAUCCACCCGGUACCUCAGACUCCUGCCUCCUCCCUGACCAUGCCUCCUACAGCUCCUCAAAGACCUGCUCCAGCAGGGGUCAUCUUUUCCCUUUCAAGCAAAACUGAAGCUCCUUCAUUUGCACCUCAUCCAGCAGGAGAAACUACAAAUUCCCCUCCUCUCAGACUGAAUGUUCCUCCUGUCUCUGUGGAUUUGGCCCAGACCACCACACCUUCCUCAUUUGGUAGGGAUGUGUCAGCAAAUGAAAACCUCAUUCUACCCCCACCCACCUCCUUAUCAGCCAAUCAGAACACUGCUUCCUCCACUUCAAUCUUACCUGCUCCUUCCCAAAGCGACCAUGACUACUCCUUCGUUAAUCCUUACCCCAACCCCAGUCAAUCAAACCCCAUGCACUGUAAAUCUGAAUCUGCCCCAAACAAGCUCCCCAAAGGUCAACCCACAGGGAGGAAACGAGGGAGGGGGGAGGAGCAGGACAGGGUGACAAGCGGUCAGCAUGACCGAUGUGCAAUCCAGGAAGGAAAGCGGGUUCGGAAGCCGAGUCAGAAGGCCAGAGCGCUGCAGGAAGCUACUGAAGCCAAGGCUGAAGCCAAGAAGAAAAGAACUACUUCUCCUCCUUCUCGGAAGAAACGUUUUCAUACAUCUCUGUCUAAAGAGGAAGCUGUCGCACAGUCGGAGGCUCAGCUCCCCAGGUUGCGUUUAUUUCCCGGUCAGUCGAUGUGGGUCAUGACUCCUGGUGGACUGGUCCAGCUGGCAGAAGCCCCGCCCCAAGGCCUGCAGCUGGCGUUGGUCCCAAAUGCCGUCAUCCCACCUUCACCUGGGGAUAUUUUAAGCCGCCCACUAUCCACGCCCACUCUGCAAUUCACCUCUGGCGGCCAGCAACCAGUCAAACUUAAACCCCCCACCGUGUCCACCCCCACAAACCAAAGCGGUCUGAAUCAGCCACGCCUUCUUCCUGACCCGCCCACCUGUGCCGCUCAGCCCCUACCCCCCACCUUUGUCCUGCAACCUGUCCCGCAACCUGUCCCGCAACCUGUCCCAAACCCUGGCUCUUCCCCCCUCCCUUCUGGUCCCCCUCAGCCUCGCCCCAAAUUCUUUCUGCCUUAUAAGGGUGCGGUCAGAGUGGACCCGGCAGAGCCCCCUCCCCUCAGGAGGGAGGCACUGCAGUUCGACCCCUCCCUGAUGUUCCUGGAACCCCGGGCGGAAGUGUGUGAUUGGCUGAGCGGGCGGGGAGGGGUGGUGGUGCCUGGCAUGGGCGUGGGUCUGCCCUACCUGCCGCCCUUCGUCAGCAGUCUGAGCACGCUCAGUGCGCUGCUCCAGGCCAAGAAGUCUCUGACCAAAUCGUCCCUGCAGCUGCUGUGUCGAGGCUCUGAAGCCGGACAUUCCCCAACCACACCCGGACCUGACAGCAGCGCUGAUAAAACCUCCAGUCAGCCUCCACCAGACCUGCCAGACUCUACCUCUGACGUCAGACCAGCCGGGGACCAACCAGCUCCCUCUGUCAGCUCCGACCUCCUGGAGGAGGAGGAAGAGGAGGCGGAGCUCGUGGCAGCGGUGCGUCAGCUGGUGACAGAGCGUUUCUCAGGUAACCCCGCCUACCAGCUGCUGAAGGCUCGCUUCCUGUCCUGCUUCACUGUCCCCGCCCUCCUGGCCACCAUCCAGCCAGUCACAGAGACGACUGUGGCCCACCAAGCCACUCAGGAAGAGGAGGAUGAGGAGGAGGAUGAGGAAGAGGAGGAGGAGCUGAAGAAAAUCAAAGAAAGAGGGAGGCAGAGGAGAGCAGAGAGAUCUUUGCUGCUGUGUGACGGGUCAGGAGCUCCAGCCAGUCACUUCUCAGGCAUUGUCAACACUGACACACCCACUCCUAACCAGACCAGGCCAGACCGGUAGAAACCAGAUCACCAUCGUCCAAUAAAAACCCCAGAUCUACACGUUUAGUUCAAACGUUAAGAUCAGUUGAAGUUGAGCUGAAAGAUUCUCCUCUUUAAUUCCUGUUCGAUUAAAAGAAAAUAAACAGCUACCAAUUUGAAUAAAAAGGCAGUUUGAGUCCUGGAAAACUUUAAAGAAAUAAAUUGUUUUCAUUUGACAGCAACAAAACUCACUUUUCAGAAAAAAGUCUUUUCUACACUUAGAAAUCAGAGAGAAACGCUUUGAUGCUUUGAGAAUGAUGGAGAGUAAGAUCGAGUGGGUUCAGAGUGUCACCAGGUAACAGAGCUCGUAAAUAAAACAAACAAAUAAAACCUUAAAUGCACCAACAAGGUCAAAAUAUUCAAAUAGAUCAUGUUACUCAAAAAAUACAAUUUUCUAAAAGAAAUGUAAAUUCUCUGCAGGUUGGUUUUCACAGAAAUGUGAAAAGUGAAGCCAGUGUCUGCCCAAAGGCAAGAAAUCAAUCCAUAAAUGAUUAAUUAUUGGAAAAUGAUCAGUAUGGUUGUGAAGAGAAGUCACAAAAUCAGCUUUACGGGUCAGUGUUGAGCGUUCAGGAACCUCAGAAGGAGUUUUAAAGUCCUGAAAUUGCACUAAAAUACGUUUUGUUGUUAUUUUUGAGUUGUUUUUUUUAUCCUCUGUAAAGAAAAAGUUCUAUUAUUAUAUGCUGAUUAUUCUGUAAUAA